CAAAUCCUAAUAAACCUAUUGAAGACCUUUAUUUUACUAAUAAAAAAGAAACAUGUCUAAAUCAUUUAAAACAUUGCAAACAUUUUAAAGAAGAAAUUGGUGAAGCUGAAUACCAACGAAUAAUCAACCUUGAUAAGUCAUCUACUUCUAAUCCUGUUGCAUUAUUGAAUGAAGAAGAAAUUGUUUUAAUUCAAGAUGAUGCGGAUGAUAACAAUUCAAAUGUAAAACAAAUGAAAAAGGUUAAUUCUGGAAAACUUACUAAUUAUAUAAAUAAAGCAACAGUAAAAAAUAAACAAGAAAAAUUUAUAAAAUCUAUUUUUAACGCAACAAUUUCAAAUGGAUGGGCUUUCAGAUGGGUGGAAGAUACAAAUAUAAAAGAAGCAUUUUGUAUUGCAAAUUCAACUCUUAAAUUGCCAUCAAGAAAACAAUUGAGUGGUAAAAUUUUAUCUGAAAAAAGCAAAGAAAUUAAGGAUGAUUUAUAUAAAUCAGCAAAGAGUGAUAAGUUUGGCAUAACUUUAACAUUUGACGGUUGGAAAAACAUUGUUCAUCAGAAAUUAUUAGGUGUUGUGUUAAUUACUUCAUGUGGAAAAAAUCUUAUUUGGGAUGUUAAAGACAUAAGUGGUGACCUUCAGAACUGGAAUGUUGUUUAUAAAUAUGCAACUGAUUUAUUUGAAGAAUUAAGAACCCAAGAAAUUAAGAUCCUGAGCUUGGUAACAGAUUCAGCAUCAGAGAAUGUUGCAGCAAGAAAAAGACUUAGAAAAAAAUAUCGAGAAAUAACAUUCCUUCCUUGUUUUGCCCAUCAAUUGAACUUGAUUAUGGGAGAUGUGUUUAAAUCCUCAAAUGCUUUUAAAGAAACAUCAACAUUAGCUGUAAAAAUUGUUUCAUUUUUCAAUAGAUCAACGUAUUUUUAUUCAAAGCUUCGAGAUGAACAGAAGAUAUGUUAUCAAAAAUAUUGGGCAUUAGUUCAACCAAAUGAUACAAGUUUAUCUGAUGAUCAUGAAGCAAGGAAUUUAUCUGAAGAAAUGGUCAACAUCAUUGAAAGUGAAGGUUGGUGGCGAAAUUUAGAACAAUUGACUAUUUUAUUACAUCCAAUAAGUGCAAUCUUAAAUCAAUUACAAAAAGAUACAGCUAAACUAUAUGAUAUUAUGCAUGGAUUUGCAUACAUAAUGAAAAUAGUUAAAUUAUAUCCUGAUGAAAAUUUUAAGGUCAUGAUGAUUGACAGAUUAGAAAAACGAUGGAAUCAAUUAGAACAACCUUUAUUUUUGAUUUCAUUUUUACUUCAUCCACAACAUAGACUAAAAAAAUUUAAAUUAAAUAAUAUUAAUUUGGAUUUAACUGUUUUUGGUCAAUGGAUAACAUAUUACUAUCUUGCAUUCUUUAAAAAAAAUCCUUCGAAUAUUUUAUUAGAGUUAACAAAUUGGAUAGAAGAAAAUUAUCCUUUUGAUGAUAAAUCUUUUUCAAAUUUCAAUGGUGAUGUUAUCAAAUAUUGGAAAUUUAUUAAUCAAGGAUCAAAAGAAUUAUCAUCAUUGGCAUUGCAUAUUUUUGCAAUUUGCAUUAACUCUGCAUCAACAGAAAGAUUAUUUAGUUCAAUGGGGUUUUUUCAUAAUAAAAGAAGAAAUAGAUUGAAUUAUAAAAAGGUUUUGGCAAUGUCUCAAAUCAAAGCUAAAUUAAUCUAUGAGCAAAAAAUUAAAGAAUUGCAAAAAUUUUUUGAUCAUUAUCAUUCUGAGAGUGCUUUACCAUUUGAAGAAAGUGGAAUAACUAUGCCAGAAGAUUGGAAAAAUUUGAUAUCAAGUUGGGUUGAAAUGACAGAAGAAGAAGAAUUUGAUAUAUUGGAAGAUAAUAGUAGUAAUUCAAAUAAUUUUAUCAAUUUUCAUGAAAUUUCAAAUAAUUCUCCAUUGAGUGAUCCAAAUAUUUUACAAAAAACACAUCCAGCAGAUGAUCAAAAUGCUAAAUGGAAAAUGGAAAAUUUAUUUGUAGAAGAUUUGGAACCUCCUUUUUAUUAUGAAAUGUUAUAA